GAAGCGGUCGCUGCCGUCGCCAUUGUGCGGCGUUGGUCCGCUCAGAGGUUACCGUCUGUGAUCAGAGCUUUGGCUCUCGUCCUAGCUUCUCGAUUUCCCAUCUGGGGAGCCCGGCGGGCCCGGGACUCCCGUCCGUGCCGGUGCGGGCGCCGGCAUGUGGGUGUGGGAGGAACAGGGGGGCCUCAUGGGCCCUUUCUCUUUCCUGCUGCUGCUGCUCCUGCUACUGACGCGCAGUCCCUUCAAUGCCUGCCUCUUCACCGGCAGUCUCUACCUCCUGCUGCGCCUCUUCAGCUUUGAGCCGGUGCCCUCCCGCAGGGCCGUUCAGGUGCUCAAGCCCCGGGACCGCGUCUCUGCCAUCGCCCACCGCGGUGGCAGCUACGACGCGCCCGAGAACACGCUGGCGGCCAUUCGGCAGGCAGCUAAGAAUGGAGCAGCAGGCGUGGAGUUGGACAUUGAGUUUACUUCCGAUGGGAUUCCUGUCUUGAUGCACGACAACACGGUAGACAGGACGACGGAUGGCACCGGUCGAUUGUGUGAUUUGACCUUUGAGCAAAUUCGGAAGCUUAAUCCUGCAGCCAAUCACAGAUUAAGGAAUGAUUUCCCUGAUGAAAAGAUCCCCACCCUGAGAGAAGCGGUUGCAGAGUGCCUGCGCCAUAACCUCACAGUCUUCUUUGAUGUCAAGGGCCAUGCAAACAUGGCUACUGAUGCUCUAAAGAAAAUAUAUAUGGAGUUUCCUCAACUAUACAAUAAUAGUAUUGUCUGCUCUUUCUUGCCAGAAGUUAUCUAUAAGAUGAGACAAGCAGAUCAGAAUGUACUAACAGCUUUAAUUCACAGACCUUGGAGUCUUAGCCAUACAGGAGAUGGGAAACCACGCUUUGAUACUUUCUGGAAACAGUCCACGUUCGUGGCAUUAGACAUUUUGCUCGAUUGGAGUAUGCAUAAUAUCUUGUGGUACCUGUGUGGAAUUUCAGCUUUCCUCAUACAGAAGGAUUUUGUAUCCCCGGCCUACUUGAAGAAGUGGUCUGCGAAAGGCAUUCAGGUCGUUGCCUGGACUGUUAAUACUUUUGAUGAAAAAAGUUACUACGAGUCCCAUCUCGGUUCCAGCUAUAUCACCGACAGCAUGUUGGAAGACUGCUCACCUCAGUUCUAGACUCUUCCCCCAGGGCGGAAACGCGGUUCCAGAAACUGCCUGCGGGCGUCACGAGGGCAUCUGACACACCCUUUGGGCUGCCCACGCCCUUGGGGGAUCAGGCAGCUUAACAAGCAAUAGUCGGUUCCUGGGCUUUUACCUGAACUAAAGCAAAACCCAGUGUUGCCACCGCACUCCAUGGAAAGCCUGAGUUCACACCGAUGCUCUUGAAAGCCUGGGUCUGCAAAACGGCACAGCAGCUCCUGCCUCGACCUGGCUGAGGCACACACCAAGACCCGGUGAGGAAAAGCACAGACGGAGUUGUGCCAUCUGGGGGUGCAAGUGCAGAUGCAUGGGAAAUGCAUGACCCUUCAGAGUUGGCAUUUUUAAACCUGACACACUUCCGUCAUGUACUUAUUUAAAGUAUUCAGGUACGUUAUCAAUGUACUGUAGACAUCAAACUUGUGACCAUACUAAUAAAAUCAUUAAAAGGAGCACUAA